GUCAAUGUCAGUUGAAUGAAAUUAAGCGAUCGUAGGGUGUUGUUUGUUUUGAUUUUUCUUUGUCUAUAAAAAGUUCCUAAGUUAAUAAAAUCAUGCAGGAUUUUACGAGUAUACUGAACAUAAUAUUCAUCAUCAGUGGUGGCGUACUGACCUUCGUGAUCCUGUUCAUAUUCGCCAAGCGACAAAUAACAAGGUUCGCCCUUCGGUCUAGAAGAGGACCUCACGUUCCAAUAGGAACAGCUGCGAAAAAGUGCUUGAAGAAAGAAAUAGAGAGGCGCAUAGAAGCAGUCCCGCGCAUAGUGUUUGAGCCCCGACUGCUGAGCACGGAGCCCUCACAUUACAUCCUGGAGCCCCAGCAGCCCUACCACUACCGGUUCAGGGCUGUGGACGAUGUUAAAACACUUGAAGAGGAGAUAGCUCGUCAGGACCCUGGCCUCCGACGCCAUCCGCGGGAGUCUCUCCGGGCGUUCCUGUUGUCAUCACUGGCGGCGCCGCUCGAUGGUCGCGGUCAGAAGCUCGUGCAUCAGUUCUGUGACGCGUACGAGUCCGCGAGGCACCACCCUGCUGAGUUCGGCGAGGACGAGUAUAGGGCAUACACUCGACUGCUGCUCAAGUUGUUGGACGCUGCUCGCUUAUUGAAGAGUGUGUCAUGUGUGGGCGCAGCGGGCGCUCGGAGCUCGCCGCAGCGCCGCGCGCCGCGCCUGCUCGACCCCGCUAGACUACGGCCCGCGACUCGCCCCGCCAACCAUUACACUGCUUUGGAGAACAUGCCCAUAGAAGCUAAAAUGGAGGACGAAGUACUCAGGAUCCCAGUGCGGAGCCCCACCGAGCCGCUGGUGAAGGCGCCGGCCGACGAAACGGCACUCUGAGCGCGCGCCCCGCGCCAACCCGCGCAGACUCUGUAGCAAGCUACGCUCACAUGUGCUGUCAUCUCGAUAGGUGACCAGUGUUAAAGUGAAGUGAAUUUAGUGACAUGUGAUAGAACAGUGUGUUUGCCAGGAAUCACAUAUUAUAUGGAUCCAAGAUAUGAUUGCUAACUGUAGCUAACCUCAGUGAUCAAAGCUCAGUCACACAGCGAGUGAUGGAGAGAGCAAUUUUUUGGAGUUUCUCUACAUGAUCGAAUUAGAAAUGAUUACAUCAUAGAAGAACCGGAUAAUCAAUACAGCUCAACAAGUUGACAAUGGGCAGGGCAGUUUGAAAAACCGAUAGAUUUAGGGUCCCAAUUUGGCGACCUCACAAAAGAUAGCUCAGUGUUGGAAGACUCCCCUAUUGCUGAAAUGGCUGGUCAGAUGAGCUAAAAGAACUACGUGUGAUUUGCCCUGAAAGGACUGAAUACUUAAUUUUUAUAAUAAUAGUAUGUUUCGGUACCUCGGUUCCAAAGUUCAAUAAGUCUGAAAUUCAGCAAGUUUGAGAUAAGUAUGAGUAAUGGUUCCUCAAUAGAUUACCCAUAUCUCCAAAGAGAAAAAAACGAUGGGUGAAUAAGAAAAUGAGUCCCUUGUAAUAAAAAAAAAAAAAAACAGUUUAUAUU